ACGUUACGUACGGGGUGUCAUUCCAUUCCGGCCAGCCAACGGAGAACGUACCCUACGAUUCGGUUUUGCGCUUUUUGUUGUUGUGUGCGAACAGCGCCUUGUGAUACGAGUUUUGUGUCUCGAACACGUCGCUACUUUGCCAAACGUUACGUUUGGCUGAUCGUUAUACUUACCGACGCGAAAAUCGACAACUACCGCAAGCGUUACCAGGUGUUGUAGUGCAGUGGUGUGUUACGGGAUUAGUGCGUGUGGUUGCGUUAUUUUUUGUUCCUGUGGGUUCUUCAGUCGUGCGUUAUCGCGAACAGUGCGCGACCGAAAAAAGUGACAGUUUAUUUUGUUAUGGUUUUUCAUCUUUUGUUGUGGCGUGGCGUGAAUUGAUCUGCAUCUAGUUAGUAUCGAUGUGUUAGCAAGGAUAAAAGCGGAACGCUCUGUACACGAGAGGCGACCGAUCUUUAAACCCACCGUUCAAAUUUAAUCGCUAGUGCCGUUUUUUUUUUGGUGUUCGUAUGUUCGUGCUUCCAAUCUAGCGGAUUGGCACACAAAACAACAAAAAAAGAAGGAAGCUUCCAUAACCGUGUUGGAGCAACGAUUUACCACAAGCAACAAUUCCGCUUUCUACAAUCAAACCAAAAAACGGCCAGAGGACCAGAGCAGUUUGACAGCGCGAUAUUACUAACACGACAAGUGUACGAUCGUUUUAUGCAUUAUUUUUUUGUUUUGGUGUUGUGCGUGUGUUUGUCUGUGUGCGUCCCAACACUGAUAACCGGGGACGUAAAAGACCGGCAAUAGCUCAAUCAAAUAUCGUCAACCACUCAAUAGCGUGAGGAGAGUUUAAAGAGGAACGUUUUGACCGGAUUGACUUCUAAGCCAAAGUCUACUUUUCCUUCCGUGCUGCACCAUGAUGAACGAUCCGGCCGCCCUCGGGAUGAUCCCGUUCGAUACGAUCGGGCUGUACGAGCAGCCGAAGCCGCGGUUUAUCUUUAAGAUGCCGCGCGUCGUACCGGACCAAAAGUCCAAGUUUGAAAGUGACGACCUGUUCAAGAAGCUAAGCCGCGACAGCGAGGUUCGAUAUACGGGCUUUCGCGACCGUCCAAUCGAGGAACGGCGGGGCCGUUUCCGGGCGGGAUGCUGCGAAGGCCACACGGAAGUGUCAUUCGCUGCCACCGGCAUUAACCUGCAGCUCGUCUUCAACCCGAACCAUGGCCUCUACCACCACCCGCACCAUCACCACCAUCACCAUCCCGCUCAUCUCGGGCUGGAAAAGGAGUGUGACUUCGAUAAGGAGCACGGCAAGGUUCACAUCAAAUCCCACUUCAUCAUGAACGGUGUGUGCGUGCGCUUCCGGGGUUGGCUCGAUAUGGAGCGUUUGGACGGUAUCGGUUGUCUGGAGCUGGACGAGAAGCGUGCCGCCCAGGAGGAUGCGAUCCUGCGGGAACAGCUCGAGCGGUACAACCAGCGUUUGCGCGACUUCGAGGACAAGCAGCGCACCUACCAGCGCACCACGCAGGACGAGUUCGAGCAGAUGCGCCGGAACGGUUCCGGCAUUGGGGUGGGCGUGACGGCCGGUGCGUCCGGCAUGUGGAGACGAUAAGCCGAGGACAGGCCGUGGGCGCUGUGGACAGAACGUGCCAAAUCAAAAAAAAAACCAACAAGAAUGUAACGGAGAUCUACCUAAGGAACGCUUUACAACAUCAGCGCCGGCACCCCGCCCCGCUCACAGAGCGCAUCGGUGUGCUGUGGUUCGACGCGCCCGAGGCGCAUUACUCGUUCCGGGCAUCACAACACCAGUAACGGUGCCUAGCGUUGCUAGCGGGUAGUUCGACAUCGACAACCGUCAACCUUGGGUCUUGGAGACCCAUUUGGUCCAGAUCUGUCAAACUAGGGACUUGCGGUGAGUGUGUGUGUGUGCUCUGCUCUGCCGUGCUUUCGGUACACAUUUCCAGUGAAGAUACCGUCAAGUUCUACCCCACCCCCACCCCCCUCCCCAUCUUUAACACAUACAUCCACACGCACAAAACCCAAUUACACUUAUAGGUUAAGAAUCCUCCUGUUACAACCCAAAAUAAGCUAGCGAACCACGAGAUUAGGCUCUUCAUCUCUUUCUCCCUGCCAGGAAGAGUAUAAGCUCGAGCCAAAAUGGAAAUAGAUAUAUGGGACACACCCCGAAUAUUCGCUAGCUUUGUUUGUAUAUUGUAUAUUUGUAAAUCAUCUGUGUUAUGGAUUAUUAAUUAUUUGUACACCCUGUUUCCACCCUGACCACCCUGUCCUUAUUAUAUCCUCCUUUUUCCAUUUCCUGGUGUAUUCUCACAAAAACCGAGGUUUGUCUCGGAUUUUUUUUAACUUCCAAUGAAGCAUCUCCUACCGCUACACUGUGUCGUGUAGCAGACUGGAGACACGCAUGCAACAUUUGUGAGAAACCGGCAUAGUGUGUGUGUGAUGGAUUUUUCUUCAGUAAAAAUUGUGCAGCUUGAAGUAUCCCAGAAAAAAAAGACCAAAAAAAAAAGGAAAAACUUCAUGAAUUAUGUUAAGGAAUGAGGAGGGGGCAGCGUGCAGAGGAUGGGGGAUGGGGGAAGGGAAAGGAAGAAAUGUGGGGCCGAGAUUGAUUCGUGGCAAAAGGGGUUUAGAGCUUAGCUGUAAGACUAGAGAGAAGUAAUUAUACGGAAAAAAGCGGAGCGCCAGAACAAUUGUACAUUAAGUUUUUAAGUAAAAGUAACAUUUUAAUGUGAAUAGCUCAAAACAGAGGGAAAGAGAGCGAAAGAGAGAGAGAGAAAAUCUAACAGUAACAAAGGGACAUGAAGAGAGGUUACAACAACAAGAAAAAAGUUGUUUGCACACAAAGAUACCAAACACACAAAUGGGUACGGCGUAAUGCGGGGGAGGGGGGCAGGAAGGGUAAGACGAAAUACUCUGCAAAACGUGAAACGCAAGAAAGUGACAGCUUUCCAGCCAAUGUAAACGUAAAUUUCGUUUUCUUCCAUUGUGUCCGUACCAAAUGCCAAAACAAAACUCUUAACGGUAUAGCAAAACAAAAACAAAACAAAAAUAAAACAAAAAGUAGACGUUUCCACACGUAUAACACGGAUGGGUUUUGCGGUAGUAUGAGGCAGGGAGGGGAAAAAGAAAACAUGUGUAUAUAUUAAUGAUUUAAGCGAAAUGGUAAAUUCAAUUGACGUAAAACGAACAAAACAUAGAGAAGGUAAAUGUAGAGCUGAACGUUUUUAGAUGCGAUACUAGUUCCGGGCAAAAAAGGGACACGAACAAGAUAGAAAGAAGCAAAAAAAAACAAACAAAAUUGAAGAAAAACAAACAAAAAAAACAACAAACAGAAAUGAAACGUUGCACAACACAACAGCAAAGAACAAAACACUCUCUUAGAAAGAACAGAUCGAUAUUAUAAAAAAAAACUUCGUUUAAAACAAAACAAGGAAAACAAAGAAAUGAAAAAAUGUCUUAGAAAAGCGACUAUUUAUGAAAACAAAGCAUAAAUAGAUAGGGACCGAGAGAGAAAAAAAAAGAGAAUGUGGAUGAACUGAAACCAAAAAGAAAACAGAAACAGCAAAAAACCGAAUCUGAAACAACCCGAAAAGAAAAACAAGAUAAAAUACAUUUUAAGAAACGCAUUAAACAAAAACAAAACCAUAGAACAAUUAUUCGUUUUUUUGGGGCAAGUGAUAUCAUAAAUGUAUCCUUUUGUUUUUCUUCCAACCUUCUGAUAUUUCCAUUUUUGUUUUACUUUAUUGUUUAUUUUGCACUCCCUCCCCUACCUUCCCCACCCUUCUCUCACAAACUGAGUACUGAUAGUGUUAGCUGUACCGGGAAUGUGUGUGAGUGUGUUUUUUUGUUCUUUUAUUUAAUGAUAAUCGUUAGCGAAACAAAACAAGAUUCACUCACUAGUAUGUAAUAAUAUUAUUAUAGUUAUUAAUUGAUGCUGAUAUAAAUAUAUUUUAUAUAUUUGCCUUUUAAAACGCUUUCGUUGUCUGUUUUCUUUUUUUUCCGUUCCAUUUGCGCUACUUUCGUAUUUUGCAAAAGGUUUUUUUUAGGGUUUUUAAGCAUAUUUAUUUACAAAAACAAAAUCCGAAUUCUAGACGAUUGGUUUAUGCAGGGUAAGGAAAGAAGUGAAACAUUGAAGGAAAUAUUCGAAACUGUAACACUCGCUCAAAUCUAUUUUUUUUUAAUUUUCUAAAGAAAAUGGAAAAUUUUUCAGCAUAACGUAUCUUUUCACCGUGGAGAAAAUACAUGUGUUUCCCAUUUGCCCACUAGAAAGUUGUUGCACAAGAAUGAGAGAAGACUAAAUGCCCCAUCCUGCCUUUCCUUGUUCCUUCCCACUUUACACCACAUCACAGAUAGGCAAAAACAGAAAGAAUAUAAGAAAUCGACACAAAACCCAAUAGAAAUGGAAAAAGUUUGCCGAAAAAUGGAAACAGAAAACAAAACAAAUCGAAACUAAACUAAUUGUAUCAUCCAGUAGGAAGUAAGAAGGCAAAACAAUGGAAACCUAGCAAAUAAGCUGAUGUUUCAAAAACCGAAUGAAACAAAAAAACACUAAACAAACAAAACUGAAACCGAAAUAGAGAUUUCUUUUUGUUACGUAUAUCCUACGAUGAAAAACAAA